GAUCGGGUAUCCCAAAGAGACCGAAUGUCCGGGUAAUACACAGAAAACAAUCUUCUUUCUCUCAUCCAUCAUCUACAACAAAUAAUGUCUGCCCAAACUGAACAGUCAAAUGGCGGGGAAAAGGUCAAGCUAGAAGCGGAUACAGGCAAAAAUGGCUCAACGGAUGCUGCUCCACCCGCUCUGGAUUUUGAAAGAUUAAGCGAAUCUUUGUUCCUAUACAAACCACCGGUGAACAAUUUCAAGAGACCUUUCGAUGUUUCAGGAGAUGCAAUUGGUAAAUCUUUCAAUGAUGUUUUACAGCCUGUCCGACCUAGACGUGUAAAUGCUCAACUUCCAAGAGUCAUUUUGAUUAUGGGUUGGAUGGACGCUCCAUUCAGGAUUGUGACAAAAUAUGCAGCUCCUUACGCUUUACUCUUUCCAACGGCUACAAUCAUAAUCAAAUUAUCCGAUGGAAUAUCGUUCAUGCGUGGUAGAAAAGCACAAGCAGAGUCUAUGGCCAAAGUGGCAGAUUUACUUUGUCAAGCUGAAGCGAGUAAUGAAGCAAAAGCUGCAUUAAGACAACAAUCCGAUGAAUUACACCAAACAGCCAAUCAAGCAGGUUUGACAUUGAUUGAAGAUUAUCAAGAUCCUUCACAAAAUGAUGAGAAAAGUCAGACACGAAACGUAAAGAACAAUCCAACCACGGGAGGGAUGGUCAUCCAUAACUUCUCAGAUGGAGGCUCGGCUAAUUUGUUACAGUUACUCCUACAAUUACGCAACAAGAAUGCACCACAACCAUUAGCACACAUAAUGGAUUCAUCUCCCGGCAAAGCAAGUCCAGCUUCAGGUUCGAAUGCAAUGACGAUGCCAUUAGCAAAAAGACCUUUAAUUCGAUUCGUCGUUCGUGUAGGUGUAUACAUGUACCUCUACUUCUUUUCCAUCUUUAAGCGUCUCUUCCGUAUCAAAGGAUGGAGUGAAAUUUUACGGGAAAGGCUUAAUACCCCGACAAUAUGGUCAUGGUCACAAACAGCCGGUUCAACGAGCAAGACGACGAAAUUGCCUCCCAGACUAUACCUCUACAGUAAAGCGGACAAAUUGAUCGAUUAUCGUGCUGUAGAAGAACAUGCUGCUUUGGCUGCCAAAUCAAGUGGACUGAAAGCACCCUUGCAAUUGCAAGAUUUCCUUGAACAAGAUAAAGAGCAAGGAUCAGCGAUUGUGACCACAAAGCGAUGGGAACAAGCUGCUCAUUGUGAUAUUGGUCGUGCUGAUUUUGCCGGGUACUGGAAUAGCGUUCGUGGUUUCUUGGAGAAGGUCCUAUGAUCGUUGCAACCUGGAAUUCUGCAUUCAAAUAUAAAAUUUUGUAUCAUUUAAUUUAUUCUACAUUUUGCUAUGAUCGCUAUGCCACUGUUAAGCGACUGCCCCAAAAGAAGAUCUAGCCUAGUCAAACGUUCGAAGACGCAUACCUGUUGUAACCUUUGGCAAGUCAAUUCCGCUUUCUAUUGUCGCAUCUCGUUGUUCAACUGCUUCAGCCAUACAUUGCUUCACCAGCUGUAAUGGCCGCAUCAUUCGUCUUUGGAGGGAGCGGUUGCACCACCUCGACAUUCGUGAUAUGUUGACCGGGUAUCAUUACCAUUCCUGCCCAUCGUUUUUGCAAGGUGGUAUCUGUGUUUGCAGUAUCCACUUCUGUACCUUUUGACUGAUUCCUAAUUCUAUAUUCGUGU